GAGAAGGAUAAGGACAUCUGGGACCGCAGCUUCUUGCUCAGGCGUGCGAGCGAACGUGCGGGGAACUCUGCAGCCUUUUGCCUACAACCAGGGGGACGCGCUCCGUGCAGGAAUGGUUCCACCGAUGGUUUCACUGACCUGACUAUGGCAAUGGUUCUCGCGUUGUGGACCAGACUGACGGCGGGCGGGAGGCGCACGACAUGUCCUCCCAGAGAGCGCCACCGAGCAGACCCUCCAGCUGUACGCCCGUGCCCACGAGGCCCAGUCCGCCGCGCCUGCGUGCGUGAUCUGAGGGCGGCCGCCGUGUCGGCGCUCGUGGCCUGCGGUGCGGGGUCCACGAGGAAGAGGGCAGGAGGAGGCGGCGCCGGCAAGAGCGCGAGGAGCACCAGGAGCAGGCUGGCAGGCAGCCCGUCGGCGCCGCACACGGGUUCUGCGGCCCGCUUGCGGGGAGGCGCCAGCCGCCGGAGGGACCCCGCCAGGACCGCUGUGCACCGCGGCGGCGUGUCCGUGGCAUCCUGGGAGGACCUUCAGACGGACGCGGGCGCCCCGACGCCCCGCGUCUUCGAGGCGCGGCAGCGCCUCUUCGGCGCCAGCGUGCCCGAUCUGAAGUUCUGGCACGACGCCGCAGGCUGGUGCCCGCACUGCAUGAUGUCCUGGGUGGCCCUGGAGGAGAUGAAGGUACCGUACGCGAUGGACACCACCCCUCUUCGGGCCUACCUGAAGCCGCGGGAGAAGAAGCGCCAGCGCCUCGUGCCCGUGCUCCAGCUGCUCGACGACGGCCAGAGCUCGCCCAGUUCGUGGGCGUUCCAGGACGCGAUGCAGGGAGUGGGCCGCGGGGAGCAGGUGUGCCGGAUGCUCGUCGAGAGGUACCCUGCGGCAGGCCUGUGGCCCCAGGCCGCCGCGCAGCGCUCGGCCGCCGAGGACCACUUCGAGCUGUUCGUCCACCUGCAGCAGGCGCACUCGGGCUACAAGCGCCUCCCAGGGGGGCGCCCGACCUGGGGCGUCCCGCCCGCGAGGGGCACGCGCGACCCGAGAAGAGAGCGCCUCAUCGCGGCGCUCGACGGGCUGGAGGCCGCGCUGGGCGGCGCGGCCGCACAGGGCGGCCCGUUCCUGCUCGGCCAGAAGCCGUACAUGGUCGACCUGAUGAUGCUGGUCAUCCUGGAGCGCGUGGAGGCGCUCCUGCUCCACCCGCUCCUCGGCGGCGCCUCGGGCCUGCUGCUGGGCGCCUGGCCGCGGGCCUCCGGGCUGCUGGCGGCGGGGCGCCGGCCCGGCGUGUGCUCCUUCGGCGAGCUGUGCAGCGACGCGGAGACCCUGCUGGCGAUCUCGCUCCGCGAGGACCCGGGCCGGACCCCGGCCCUGCCGCUGCAGGACACGCUGCUGAGGCCCCGGCACACGCUGCAGGAGGCCGCGCGCGCCGCGGCCGGCCACCGCCGAGAGGCCUGCGCGGAGGCCGCCGCACGCGUCUGCGCGCGCCACGCCGCGGUGGUCGCGUUCGCCUGCUGCGGGCGCGGCUGCGGCCGAGGCGCCGACGAGGCCAAGGCGGCGGCCGCCGCCUACCCCAGCGGCGACGGGGAUCCCGACGUCGACCUCGCCCUGCGGCUCGUGGUGGCGGCGCUGCUCGUGCCGGGUGGCCUCGAGCGCCGCGCCACGGAGCUCGAGGCGGACGCCCGGCGGGCCGCCCGGUGCUGGGGCAGCCGGGCCUCUCCAGCGCUCCUGCCGCUCCGGUUCCUGGCCCAGAACGUCGGGGUGCCCCGCGACAUGGCCGCGGAACCCGCCGCCGCCCUGCGCGCGCACCUCAACCUGCUCGUGGCCGCGCUGGAGGGCGGCGCGCCGCCCAAGGGCAUCGCGAGGCCACGGCGCGCGGGCGCCCGGCCCGACCACGGCGGCAGCGGCGCGCCCGCUGCGGGCGGGGACGCCCGGGCGAGCGGCGCGCCCGAGGGGCGUGCCGCCGAGGGUGGCCCUGGCGCGGCGGGCCUCCAGCGCAGGCCGCCGGCGCGCAUCGCGAGGGUAGAGCCGUCUGCGAGCGGCGCCGGGCGGGCAGGCUCGCGCAGAGCGAGCUUCGGCAAAAAGAGUAGGAUCCCGACGAGGGCCCCCGCCGAGGGACUCCGAUCUUCUCAAGGGGCUGCACGUGCGUCCCAGGGCAGCUACGAGGAAGUCAAGGUCAAGCCGAAACGCGAUAUCGACAUAUAG